AUGACUGUUGAAGAUAUUCAAAAAAGAUUUGAGGCACUAGCAGCAAAAGUUCCUAUCGUGGACACCCAUAAUGAUUUCCCGUAUACUCUAAGGGUUCAACUACAUAACGAAAUCUAUAAUGAUCCAAACUUUGACUUUGACAAAAUCCUUACGUCACAUACUGACUUGGUUCGUAUGAAGCAAGGUAAAAUUGGGAUUCAAUUCUUCAGUUGCUUCAUUGAAUGUAAAGACCCUGAUUACUUGUAUGAGGAUUUCAAUAAAGCUAAUUCAGCUGUUCGUGACACUUUGGAACAAAUUGAUGUUACUAAAAGACUAGUUGAUGAAUAUUCACAACAUUUGAGCUUUGUUAAUACAGCAGAUGAGGCUAUGGAAGUUUUCCAAAAGCAAGACGGAAAAAUUGCAAUCACUCUUGGGGUUGAAGGUUUACACCAAUGUGAUUUAUCAUUGGCUGUUGUUAGACAAUAUUUCAGUUUAGGUGUUCGCUACAUCACUUUGACUCAUAACUGUGAUAAUCCUUUUGCCACAGCUGCUUCAUCUGUUGAUGCUGGUAAAAAAGACAAUGGUCUCACUAAAUACGGAGUUGAUUGUAUUAAAGAAAUGAACAGAUUGGGUAUGAUUGUUGAUUUAAGUCAUGUUUCUCAUCAGACUAUGUUGGAUACGUUAAAAGUCACAAAAUCACCUGUGAUUUUCUCACAUAGUUCUGUCUAUUCGUUGACAAAACAUGAAAGAAAUGUUCGAGAUGAUGUUUUGUUGAAAGUUAAAGAAAAUGGAGGUGUUGUUUGUAUUAAUUUUUUCCCCUUAUUUUUGAGAAAAGAAGGAGAAUCUAGUGUGACAAUUGAAAAUGCUGUGGAACAUAUCAAGUAUAUUAUUGAUUUGAUUGGUUGGGAUCAUGUUGGUUUUGGUUCUGAUUUUGAUGGUAUUCCAUCAGGUCCUUCAGGUUUAGAAGACGUUUCUAAAUACCCUGAUCUUGUUGUUAAAGUGUGGGAGGCAACUAAUGCAACCGAAGAGGACAUUGCAAAGAUGAUGGGCUUAAAUGUUGUGAGAGUGUGGAAAGAGUGUGAAUUGGUCUCCAAAUCCUUAAAAUCAAGUAAACCGUUUGAAUCCAAUUGGGAAAAAAGACGUUGGGUAUUUGAAGAAUAUUGCAAGGAAUUCCCAGCAAUGUUCCCUGGUGCUUAUGAGUAUAAAAACAACAUUUACAAAAGUGAUCAAAAAUUGGAUAACAGCACUGGUGAAGUGUAA